AUGGCGCAGCGGCACUCGGACAGCUCCUUGGAGGACAAGCUGCUGGAGUACCGCUUCCACUCGGAGCUCCGGCUCGACGCCGAUGGGAACCCGGCCUCCGGGCUCCCCCUGGUGCGGAGGUCCCUGCGGGCCAGGGACAGUGCUGCCUUCCAGCCCGAGGCCCCGGCACCCCCAGGGGACGAGGAGCCGCGGCCCGUCAUCCUGAGCACGCAGAGCCCCGCGGCCCUCAAGAUGGGCACCCAGCAGCUGAUCCCCAGGAGCUUGGCCGUGGCCAGCAGGGCGAAGACCCCCGCCCGUCACCAGAGCUUCGGGGCAGCCGUGCUCAGCAAGGAGGCCGCCCGGCGGGGCCCCCCUCUCCUCACGGCCCCCAGCUUCUCCCUGGAUGACAUGGAUGUGGACACGGGCCCCGGGGGGAUGCCAAGGCGGAACCUGCGGAACCAAUCCUACCGGGCGGCCAUGAGGGGCCUGGGCAAGCCUGGUGGCCAGGGGGACUCUGCCCUGCUGAGCCCCAAGCUCCAGGCUCUAGCCGAGGAGGCCAGCCAGCCUCCUGCCCGGCACCCAGCCAAAAACAAGAAGACGCUGGGGCGGAAGCGUGCACAGAAGGGCUCCUUCAAGGACGACCCCCAGUUCUACCAGGAGAUCCGGGAGCGGGGCCUAAACACCAGCCACGAGUCUGAUGACGAUGUGCUCGAUGACCCCUCCAGCCCGGAGGUGACCCGGAAGGUGGACACCGCCAUCGUGGUCAAGAGCUACCGGCCCGCCCAGGUCACCUGGAGCCAGCUCCCAGAGGUGGUGGAGUCAGGCAUGCUGGACACGCUGUCCGCCGAGGAGCGCAAGAGGCAGGAGGCCAUCUUCGAGAUCCUCACGUCCGAGUUCUCCUACCAGCACAGCCUGAGCGUCCUGGUGGCCGAGUUCCUGGAGUCCAAAGAGCUGCGGGCCACGAUGACCCAGACGGAGCACCACCACCUCUUCUCCAACAUCCGGGACGUCCUGGGCGCCAGUCAGAGGUUCUUUGAGGACCUGGAGCAGCGGCACAAGGCGCAGGUGCUGGUGGAGGACAUCAGUGACAUCCUGGUGGAGCACGCCGAGCGGCACUUCCACCCCUACGUCGCCUACUGCUCCAACGAGGUCUACCAGCAGCGCACGCUGCAGCGGCUGACAAGCAGCAACGCCGCCUUCCGCGAGGUCCUGCGGGAGAUCGAGAAGCGGCCGGCGUGCGGGGGCUUGCCCAUGAUCUCCUUCCUGAUCCUGCCCAUGCAACGGGUGACCCGGCUGCCCCUCCUGACGGAUACGCUCUGCCUGAAGACCCAGGGCCACCCCGAGAGGUACCAGGCCGCCAGCCACGCGCUAAAGGCCAUCAGCAAGCUGGUGAGACAGUGCAACCAAGGGGCCCACAAGAUGGAGCGCACGGAGCAGAUGUACACGCUGCACACGCAGCUGGACUUCGGCAAGGUCAAGUCCCUGCCACUGAUCUCCGCGUCCCGGUGGCUGCUGAAGCGCGGGGAGCUCUUCUUGAUGGAAGAAACAGGACUUUUUCGAAAACUCGCCAGCCGGCCCACGUGCUACCUGUUCCUGUUCAACGACGUCCUGGUUGUGACCAAGAAGAAGAGCGAGGACAGCUACGUGGUCCAGGACUACGCCCAGAUGGACCACAUCCGGGUCACGAAGGUGGAGCCCUCAGAGCUGCCCCUGCCAGGGGGUGGCAACCGCAGCUCCUCCGUGCCCCACCCCUUCCAGGUGACCCUGCUGCACAACAGCGAGGGCCGCCAGGAGCAGAUCCUGCUGUCCACGGACUCCGCGAGUGACCGGGCCCGGUGGAUCACCGCACUCACGUACGGGGAGAGACAGGGCCAGGAGCCCCCCAACAAGGGAGACCUGCGCCAGGUGGAGAUCACCAAGGCCUUCUUGGCGAAGCAGGCGGACGAGGUCACGCUGCAGCAGGCAGACGUGGUCCUGGUCCUGCAGCAGGAGGACGGUUGGCUCCAUGGCGAGAGGCUUCGGGACGGAGAGACGGGCUGGUUCCCCGAGGACUGUGCCCGCUGCAUCACCAGCCGCGUGGCCGUGGAGGACAACGUGCGCAGGAUGGAGCGACUGCGGGUGGAGACAGACGUGUAGCCCGCGCAGCCGGCCACCUACCCCCUGUCGCGAGUACCGUGGGGGCUGCGCGUGUGUGGGCAGUGGGGC